AUGACCCCCCGGGACCCCCCCAGUGCCAUUCUGGGCUGCUGGGGGCUCCUCUUCCUGUUUCUGGCUCCCCUUCCAUGUCACCUGUGCCCCAUCCCCUGUGAGUGCUCAGAGCCCGCCCGCACCGUCAAGUGUGUCCAGAAGGAGCUGACGGCCAUCCCAGCUGGCAUUCCGGGGUACACCCGCACCCUCUACCUAACUGGGAACAAGAUCACCUGUGUUGGCAGCCGGGACCUCCGGGGACUGCCCAACCUGGUCACUCUUUCCCUGGCCCACAACAGGAUUCACACGGUGGAGUCACAGGCCUUUUCUGCUCUCCCAAGGCUCCGUUCCUUGGACUUGAGCUAUAAUCACCUGGCCACCCUCCAUCUCGAUGCAUUCAGUGCUAGAAACAACUCCAUCCAGGAGCUAAACCUUAGCUACUCACUGUAUAACUCCUCUGCCAUUCAAGCUGUGGCAGCUGCCCUAGUCCAAGGUGGCUUCCAGAAUCUCUACUGGCUGGAACUUGCCAGCAAUAAGAUUGUCUACUUGCCCAAGGGCAUGUUUGCCGGUCUCUCCAAAUUGGAUCACUUGGACUUGAGGAAUAACUCCUUGGUGGACAUCAAGAACUCCACCUUUGCUGGCCUGGACCUGAGACACCUUGAUCUGACCAUGAAUGCCUUCAAGACCUUGAAGAGGGGGGCAUUGUCUGCCCUUGAGCAACAGCCUCAUCUCUUCCUCUUCCUGAAGAACAACCCUUUCAUUUGCAAUUGUGACAUCGAAGACCUGGUGAGCUGGCUGAACCGAAGCCAGCAGGUAGCAGACAUGGAACACCUGGCCUGCGCCUUCCCUCAGGAGCUGAAGAACACCUCCCUGGUGGAACUGGUGGGAGCAGAUCUGGAAUGCCGAGUGGCCCAGCCUGGAGAAAAUGCGCUGCAGACAUCCUAUGUUGUCUUGGGUAUAGUCCUGGGCAUCAUUGGAGUCGUCUUCCUCUUUGUGCUUUGCUUAAACCGUAAGGGCAUCAAGGCACGCAUGAACAAUGUGAGGGAUACCUGUCAGAACCUGAUGGCGGAGUACCGCUAUGAAAUUGACUCUGAUCACCACAUCACACACGUCCCAGGCCUGGACAUAUGAUGCAGUUAAUCAAGAUCUGGUUUUUGCGACUGCACCUGUCAGAGACUCAGCAGCAGCAUUUUUAUCCCCGUGGGAAGAAUUCUGCCUCUUGGGAGCAGCUACUUUUCCAUCAAAACCCAAGCCUUUUAAAGAGAAUGGACCUGUGGCUUGAAGGAUGAGCAUGGCCUUCAGGGGUCUCCUUUCUUAUUCAUUCUCAGUGUUCUGCAGGAGCAGGAAACUGGCUAGGAAAAUAUA